CCGAUCGCGGCCAGCCGGCAGGAGUUCGAUGAAAUUCCUACAGUGGUUGGGAUCUUUAGUGCAUUUGGCCUUGUCUUCUCUGUGUCCCUUUUUGCUUGGAUCUGCUGCCAACGUAAAUCUUCCAAAUCCAAUAAGACCCCUCCAUAUAAGUUUGUCCAUGUUCUGAAGGGGGUUGAUAUUUACCCUGAGAAUCUCAACAGUAAGAAGAAAUUUGGAGCAGAUGACAAAAGUGAAGCAAAGAACAAAUCAGCGAUGCCGAAGAGUUCUCUCCAUCUUGACCUGGAGAAGAGAGAUCUAAAUGGCAACUUCCCCAAAACAACCCCUAAAAUCCAGAGCUCUCCAGGUCUUGAGAAUUUGUCUCCUAAGCACUUUGCAGAAAAGAAGAAAGAUUCAGUAUCCCCUGAUAGUUUAAAAUCCAUCACUUCCCUGUCAUGUGAAGAUAAACAAGACAAGCUAGGAACUCUCUUCUUCUCCUUAGAGUACAACUUUGAGAAAAAGUCAUUUGUAGUGAACAUCAAAGAAGCACGUGGGUUGCCAGCAAUGGAUGAACAGUCAAUGACUUCUGAUCCCUACAUCAAAAUGACAAUCCUGCCUGAGAAAAAGCACAAGGUGAAAACCAGAGUGCUGAGAAAAACCUUAGAUCCAGCUUUUGAUGAGACUUUCACUUUUUAUGGGAUCCCUUAUAGCCAAAUUCAAGACUUGACACUUCACUUCAUGAUCUUGAGCUUUGACAGAUUUUCCAGAGAUGAUGUCAUUGGAGAAGUCCUCAUUCCCCUCGCAGGAAUUGAACUAUCAGAAGGAAGGUUGCUGAUGGACAGAGAGAUCAUCAAAAGAAAUGUUAGGAAAUCAUCUGGACGUGGAGAAUUACUGAUCUCUCUCUGUUAUCAAUCUACAACAAACACACUCACUGUGGUUGUUUUAAAAGCCAGGCAUCUACCUAAAUCUGAUGUGUCAGGAUUAUCAGACCCUUAUGUCAAAGUGAACCUGUAUCAUGAUAAGAAGAGAAUUUCUAAGAAGAAAACCCAUGUGAAGAAAUGCACCCCCAAUGCAGUGUUUAAUGAAUUGUUUGUCUUUGACAUUCCUUGUGAGGGUCUUGAUGAUAUCAGCAUUGAAUUUUUGGUGUUAGAUUCAGAUAGGGGGUCGAGGAAUGAGGUCAUUGGCCGGUUAACCUUGGGAUCUUCAGCAGAAGGAACCGGUGGAGAGCACUGGAAAGAAAUUUGUGAAUAUCCUAGGAGACAAAUUGCCAAAUGGCAUAUGUUAUGUGAUGGUUAGCAGCUAGAAAGGGGCUGGAACUUCAGAUACUAUCUAUGUUUCCAUACACAAGGAGCUGUUUUCUUUCUUUGCUAUGUAUAAUUAAAGGCUUGUAGUGCCAAGGUGACUUCUUUUUUUAUAUUUUUUUUUUUUUUUGGGGGGGGGGAGGAGGGGAAGAAAAAUUGGCUUGAAUUAUCAGAAGAGAAGGUAACUAAAUAUUUUCACAGUAAACACAGGAAUUUCUCUUUUAUUAAACUUUAACAUGAU